UCCUGUGGUGUAUUURAGUGGACAAGGACAAGGCAAGCUACCUUCCGUGUCAGCGUUGUUUUCAUAUGUGAAAAUAGAAAAUGGCGAGGUUUUUGAGMCCUAACGUCAGGAGUUUUGUCAUUACUCAGCUUAGAAUGUCGUCUGACCAGUUGGGCGAGCUGGGUAAAGGUGCAGGUAAAGGUGGUGGGGGCGGAGGUUCCAUCAGAGAGGCAGGUGGAGCCCUGGGGAAGAGGGAAGCUGCUCUGGAGGAGAUGUAUUUCAAGCGUAAGGAGCAGGAGCAGCUGGCWGCCCUGAAGCAGCACCACCUGGAGGAAAUUGAUCACCACAAAAAGGAGAUUGAACGCCUCCAGCGUGAGAUUGAUCGUCACAAGGGAAAGAUCAGAAAUCUGAAAUARGACGACUGAGCAAAAACACUUCAAACAAAAUUAAUUUUUUGCUUGACUGUCCUGGAAGCAUUAAGUUGUAAAUGCUGUUGCUGUGUUCAUUARUACCAAGCUGUCCACGGAUGUGUUUGGGGCUAUGUUGUUCUAUAAAGGCUUGGAAGUUAUUAAAAUUGUUGAGUAAAAAAAAUUGAUGUUUUUUUCGCAUGCUGUCACAGAAAUUGUAUAAAAACAUUGCCACACAUUGCAAACAAAACAAUCCAGUGAAAACAUUUAAAUAUUGUUAAAUUAAAUGGCAUCAUUGGCUUUUUGACAUAUUAGUAAAACAUGCAAAUGUACAUGGCAAUUUAUGGWACAUGCUAUUUUGAAGUGCUGAAUUCUGCAUUUUAUAAUUUAGUCAUAUUUUUCAUCAACUUAUAAUUUGUACUUUUUUAWUUUCAGUCCACUCUUUUAAUAACAACCAGCAUAUUAAGACCUUGUUUCCUUAAAACACAAAGAUGUUUUGUAAAUUAUAAAUAAAAGUAAUCCAAAAAUGCUUGA